UUUAACAGUUCUGUUAAACAAAAGUAGAUGGUGAAAACCAUUAGUGGCAUGAUCAAUAAACAAAACGAACAUGUCUAUUGAUUGACUUGCGGAAUCCCAGUCGCGUAUGCAGAAGAAAAUCAAUUGUCUAUAAUCGCGCCUGGUAUCCAAUUGGUUUUGACAUACGCCGUCUGCAUUGUGGGAUAAAGUGUAGCCGCAACAUUUGCGAUCGGACCCAGUCUGAGACGAUCACACAAAUUACGGUUGGCAAUGUUGGGCGCAUCCAGGAACAGGAAGUCAAAGAACAGCCAAUCACAGCUAAAGGGGAACGGUUAUCGAGAGAGCAGAAAGACGGUGAGGAAAGCCAAAUCCGAACGAACGAUAGCAACGUGUCCCGGUGCCUGUGAAGACUCCGCGAUUGAACCAAACCUCACAACAGUCGAAAGGAAAAUCCGUCCACCACUAAUCUCCCUAUAUCGCGGUGAAGUUGCAACCAGAUCCAAAAGCCACGGCGAUCUAAAUCCAGAUAAUCCGAAAAUGAAGAAUCAGAGUGGUUGUUUAUUUCAGACACACAAAAAUACUCGUGAUCAACCGCCCUACUAUAUCAUCCACCCGGAAUGGUUGAGUGAAAUACCCACCAUCCGAAGACUAGGGCUCUCACCAAGGCCUACACCCCUGCCUACCGCAUCAACAGUCAACCAAGAGGAACAUUCCCACUCGGUGUGGGAACUGAAGAGUAGUGUGGAAUACAAUAAUGGCAAUUUACACAGUCGUUGCAAAAGCGCACCUGCUAACAGACCGAGGAAUCCAAUUACGUGGGAUUCGUGAUGAUAACAAAACCGUAGAUGUGCGGAAAUUCCAAGCAAAUGUAUUUAGGCAUUGUGCAAAAAAACGAAAAAGUACAUCUUAUCAAGAGCGACCUUUUCUACUUCAUUGGCUGCUGGAUGAUACGGCGGGUCGGAUCCGUAUGAGGUUUGGAGAUGCUCGGCUGAGGUUUAUCAUGCAUGGAUUUAACGGUUUUGUCGUGGAAGUCAAGUUCUUCCUGAAAUCGAAUGUAUAGAUUUUAAGAAGGUUCAUAUAAUUAUAAGUGAAAAAAUCAAAUGAAGCAGAACAAUGGCACGCUCGAAAGCAACAGUUGCUUUAAAAUACUCACGCUAUCCCCUCAUACUAAGAGUUAGCCGUCUUCCACAAGGCCACCAGGAGGAUCGAUUUCAAACAUACCCAUCCGCUCAUCAUCUAUGAGCGAUGCACAAGUUACGUCCACCAAAAGCGAAGUGAAUGAAGAUGGAGUCGAUAACCGGUGCGCCUGCAGUAGAAAUUUCGUACAGACGUACAAAAUUAUCACUGGAUGUGUCCAAGCUACAUUUCUUAGUGAAUUGCCGCCAUGCACAAUGGUCUCCAACCACGGGGCAGAGCUGACAACGCGUCUAAAGCUAUGGCUUGAAAAUAAGAUCAAAUUCUUGAAUAGAUACAAGGUUUGCUGUCAUACAAACAAACCAUACAUUAAAAACGUCCAGCAUUUACCUUGGUUAGCAGAUCCGUAACGCGCACAGACGUAAUCCUGAACAGAACGGAGUUGGUGUAAACAAACGAUAAACAUACUCAGAAUUGUGUUCCGCCGCCUGCUUCAUCAACUCAGACCGCGGAAGCGGUUUCUCCUCUGUUUCACGGACGUGCCGAGCAACUCGCAUACCGCCGACUUUCACUGAAAUUCAAUUUUAUGAGCGAAAAUGAUAAAUCUGCCUACUCACCGGCUGGUGAAUAAGAUGUUUGCACUUGUUCCUCUUCGUCAGACAUGGCGAAAAGUGUUGAGCAGAUUACGGAGAAGUGAACAAUUGGGCUG